GGUGACGUCGUGCAACCCGGUCCGCUGCGUUGUGAUGUCACAGUGCCCGCGGCCCCGACUUCUGUUUUCCCCGCCCGCUCCUCCCUACGUUCGGCUCUAGGGGCGGGGGCAGUGCGAUGAAGCGGGGGCAUGAGUCUAGGCCGGCCCUCGGUGGAGCAGGUGAGGCGGCACCAGGUGGGAUGGCAGACCCAGCCUCCUGGGAUAGACUCCCGAACUUCGCCCCUCUAGACCGCCCCCUGGUUCCAGCCUAUCCCACAGGCCGUCCCGGACGGCUCCAACGCCACCUCCAGAGCGGCGAGUUCGACCAGCUGCGUGACUUCCCCAUCUUUGAGAGCAACUUCGUGCAGGUGACCCGCUUAGGAGAAGUUGCCAACAAGGUCACCAUGGGGGUGGCAGCCUCCAGUCCAGCCCUGGAACUCCCAGACCUGUUGCUGCUGGCAGGCCCUACCAAGGAGAACGGACACCUGCAGCUCUUCGGGCUGUUCCCCUUGCAGUUCGUCCAGCUCUUCGUCCACGACGAAAGCCGCUGCCAGCUCAAGGUCAAGUUCCGCACGGGCCGCGCCUUCUACCUGCAGCUGCGGGCCCCGCCCGAGACCCGAGACCGCGAGUUCGGCCAGUGGGUGCGGCUGCUCUACCGCCUGCGCUUCCACUCGGCCCAGGGAGCCGUGCCCUUCACGCAGGAGGACUGGGCACUGGAGGGCCCUGACGACGACGCGGAAGACGAGGAAGAUGAGGCCGAGGCCCAGGUGGAGUGCGAGCAGGGCAGCUACGCCUACUGGUCACGCCUCUGAAACCAGCUCUCCCUUACGCCCAGCUCCAAGCCAUGGAAGCCAGACUUGACCCGCAGAUGUCUGAACUCUGGGGACUCUGAUUCUUCCAACAUCCUUCGAGGUCACCAGAGGACUAGAGAUCAAAGUACCUUGCCUCAGGCCAGAGAGAUGAAUUAUUAAAGUUAAUAAAGAUCGGCCACUUAAGAACCAACAA